AUGUUCCUGUCGUCGACGUCGUUUUCUUCUUCUGCGUCUUCCUUUUUUUUCUUUCCUCUUUCUGCUAACAUUUCUUCCUGCUUCACUUUCUCGUCUACUUUCGUUCUUUCUUUCUUUCUUUCUUUCUUUCUUUCUUUCUUUCUUUCUUUCUUUAAUUUCUUCUUCACCUUCUAUUUCUUUUUCUUCUUUUAUUUCUUCUUCUUCUUCUUUUUUUUUUAUUUUUCUUCUUUGUCUUCUUCUUCUUUCCUUUUUCUACUAAUAUUCCUUUCUGCUUUCCUUUCCUGGCUCUUCUUCUUCUUCUUCUUCUUCUUCUUCUUCUUCCGUCCUAUCUCUUCUAUAUUUCUUUAUACUUCCAUUUCCCGCCUAAUCUCGUAUUUUCUACGGUUCUUUUUUUCUCUUUCUUUUAAUAGCUGUUUUUCCUUCCGUUUCCUGGCUACACUCCUUCUUCUUCUUCUUCUUCUUCUUCUUCUUCUUCUUCUUCUUCUUCUUCUUCUUCUUUCUGCUAAUACUUUUCUGCUUCCCUUUCCAGACUAUUCUCGUUCAUUCUUCUCCUUCCUCUUCCCUUUCUUCUUCUUCUUCUUCUUCUUCUUCUUCUUCUUCUUCUUCUUCACUUAG